AUGAACCCACAUGGCGGCGCCAACGUCUCGGAGUUGAUCUCCAAAGCCGUCAGAGCUCCCGUCGCCACCAUUGCCACUGUGGAGUCCAACACGUGGACCAACAAUGCGACAAACUCGGGGUGUCCCUCAUGGAACUGGUCUUACUUGAACGACGGAGGAGUUUAUGGCGGAGCCAGCAGGAUUUACGGGCCUCCGUGUCCUCGGCGAGAUGCGACCGUGGAGAAGAACUGGGCGGCGCUGCUGAUUUUACUUGUCAUUGCCGUCACGGUUUUGGGCAACAUCCUGGUGAUCCUGGCCGUUUCUCUGGAGAAGAAGCUGCAGAACGCCACCAACUACUUCUUGAUGUCCCUGGCAGUUGCUGACAUGCUUCUGGGCAUCCUGGUUAUGCCUGUCUCCAUGGUGACCAUUGUCUACGAUUAUGGGUGGCCGCUGCCCUCUGAACUCUGUCCGAUCUGGAUCUACCUGGAUGUCCUGUUCUCCACGGCGUCCAUCAUGCACCUGUGUGCCAUCUCUCUGGAUCGGUACAUCGGCAUACGCAACCCGAUCCACCACAGCCGUUUCAACUCCCACACCAAGGCACGCAUUAAGAUCACAGCGGUGUGGACUAUUUCAGUCGGGAUCUCCAUGCCGAUCCCAGUGCUGGGACUCCGAGACCACUCCAAGGUUUUCAAAGAUGGCAGCUGCCUGCUGACUGACAACAACUUUGUGCUGGUCGGCUCUUUCGUGGCGUUCUUUGUGCCUCUCACCAUCAUGGUCGUCACAUACUUCCUUACCAUCAAUGCGCUGCAGAAUGAAGCCACGCUCUGCCUGGACCAACUCGUCCCGCGGCCCAAGUGGAGCACGACGUUCACUCUGAGCUUCUUGCCGCAAACCUCUCUGUCAUCUGAGAAACUCUACAGACGCUCAAUAAGCCGUGAGGCCGGUGGCAGAGGAAGCGGCGGCGGCGGGCUUGGAGGCGGCCGCGGGAGUGUCUCCGGCUCACUGUUGGGACGACGCACCAUGCAGUCCAUCAGCAACGAGCAGAAGGCGUCCAAGGUCCUCGGUGUAGUCUUCUUUCUCUUUGUGGUCAUGUGGUGCCCAUUUUUUGUCACCAACGUGCUUGUGGUGGUGUGCGACCCGGCGGUGUGCGAUGCUGGACUCAUGGGGGGCUUGCUCAACAUUUUCGUGUGGGUCGGAUAUUUGUCAUCCGCAGUCAAUCCGCUUGUCUACACGCUGUUCAACAAAACGUACCGAGCAGCAUUUCUGCGCUACGUUCGCUGCCGUUACCAUCCGGAGAGAAAGCGUCUCCAGCUGAUUCUGGUGAACACCAUCCCUCCGAUGGCGUACAGCUCGACGCAGCUGCCCCUGGGCGACAUUGCCAAGUUACAAAACGGAGUGGCGCACUCCAGCGGUGAUGAGAAAAAAUGCUCUUUACCUGGACGGGAAAUGGAGAAGUCUACACCGGACAAAGGUUGCGGAGACAAAGACGAGAGCUGUGUAUGAGUAUAAGCCUGUGAAAACUCACGGAUGAAAGAAAACCUUUAGCUCCCUAGUCGUGUCAGACUAGCGUACAGCGAUGCGGCCAAGGUUUAAAGUGCCAAAGACAGAGUGCCUCCCAGACCGGAUUUUAAAAAACAACAAGACUCCAAAUCAAGUCAAGAAAAUGAAGAAAACAUUUCAGUGCAUCCUGAGAAUUUUCAGAAGAUUCCUUAGCUUUUUAUUCACGUCUGAUUAACAGGGUCUGGAUCACAUAAUCCAAGUUUGUGAGUUCCUUAGUACUACAAAAACAUCUUUUGAUAACCCAAAAUAAUGUCAAUCAAUGCUUGUUCCAUGGAUUACAAUCCCUUAAAGGGCAACUUUGGUAUUUGGUAUUCAACCUGGACCCUAUUUUCCCAUGUUUUUGUGUCUUUGAAAUAGGUCCGUUAUCAUGCAAUGUGACAAUUUGCAUCCACUAAACGUUCUGUUGUUGCCGCUGACAGACUUAGUUUAAUAUUCUAUUAAGUGUAACAACAUUAUGGAAA